AUGUCUGGGACGGCCUUGCCAAUGAAUGUUACUACUCGAUUCCGUGCACGUUCCAUCCCUUCUGCAGGUACAGGAGUAGUCGGCCCGAUACGCCAUUCAGCAGCAGUCAGCCCAGCAAGAAGUGCUGCGGCCCCUUACGGAGGCAGGAGUCCGAAUCAAGUCGCAUCAACCCCAAGAAUCCAUCCUGACCUGGAUGGUGCGGCACGACUCGCUGAGCUAGCCCCUAUGAUUCACAGCGAAGAUGAGGGUCGCAACGACGGGCAUGAUGAAGAUUCAGCUGAACCCAAAACUGAACCUAACCCCACCAACCUUGGUACUGAGCAUGCUCCAGAGGGCAUGACAACUGACCAACUUGCGGAUGAUUUAGGCCUCUCCGUGAUUCAGAUCGAGCGGGUCAGAAGGGUAGCAAGUCUCCCAGAGUCCGAUCGGGUGAUGGCUACCCUGAUGUACCUCGAAUCGAUCUGA